UACAAAAAAAGCACGCCAAACAUACAUUAAAAUUUUCGCGCGUGAAUUGUGCAAAAAUUAUUAAAUUUCACUAAAAUUUAAUGAAUAAAAACUAAAGAAUCUGUUCAAAAACAACUUGCUGGUUGUUGGAGAAUGAAAAUUAAAUCAAAUUACAUUUGAAUAAAUAACGAAAGUUGUAUUUUAAAAUUGUUUCUUGUGUCGUAAAAAUUGUGCUAGACUUUACAUUUUACACACUAACACACACACAUGCUUUUUGUAUAAACAACAAAAAGGAAUUUUGAAAGAAGAAUAAUAGAGAAAAACUCUAGGAAAGUCUGCAUUUUACAAUAAUUUUAAUAAGUAAAGUAUAUAAAAGAUGCCUAUUUGUAAACGCGAUGGCUUUGACAAUGCUCCCUCCAAAAAUAAGGAUGAAACGUUUCACGAUAAUGAAGAAGUAUUCUACUGCGAGGUGACCAAGGAAAUAUUCAAACAAUAUGAGGAUUACUUUCGUCAUGUAAUGGCUAUAAAUUCGACUGUGUGGCAAUGUGAAGCCACGGGUAAGGAUAAUCUCACAUAUGCCGAAGCUUUGAAAAGUGAAAAACGUGCACGCAAAAAAAUGGAAAUGUUUAAGGAUAGUCUACGUCCGCCAGUAAUGCUUGUUAUAGAACAUGCCAAACAGAGUUCUCUGAACGUUUUGAAUGCUUUAACAUUUCGGUUUCUGCGCAAACGUUUCUUUCUCAAUGAGGAAGUUCAGAUUAUGGAAAAAAAUAAAUAUGCCCCUUACACAGUAGUCGAUAUUCAGUCGCCAGAUAAGAAAGUACCAGCGAAUGGUGUUUACGAGGACACAGAGAAUUUAUUGUACAAAUUAAAGAGUUUGGGUAAGUCUCAAACAGAAGCUACAGUUCCAUUUGAUAAAGUAAAGCGCCAAAGGUUUGAAUUUACUUCUGAAAACUUGCAAAUGUUUAUCAAGAACAAUGUCGUGCGAGUAGAUGGUAUUUUAAGACCGAAACCAGAAUCAUAUCAGAAAUAUGUCACAGAACGAAAGAUUACUUUCGACAAAAUAUUUAUUGGAAAAAUGCCUCACUUUACGCCGGCUAAAAUAAAGAAACCAGAGGAGACCAAAAAGCAAUCAACUCUCAAUAAUUAUUUCGGUAAGAAGCCGGAGAAUGAAAAGUCCGCAGGUAAAACUGUCAGUGCGCAAGAGAAAGCCAAGCUGGAAAAGGAGAAGGCGGAAAAAUCAGAGGCCAAGGCCAAGUCAUUAAAAGAAGAAAUGGAGCGCUUAAGGCGUCAAAAAGAAGAACAACUUUUGGAGCAAAUGCGUCAGAAAGCCGAAAAACGUGCAAAGCUUAUGGAGAAAAUUGAUGAAGAAUGUGCGGCGUUACUUACUAAAACAGAUGAUUUGGAGAGAACUGACCAGCGUCUAAUGCCAACGUUCUUACCUGUUAGUACUAUUUUGCCAGCGAAAUUGGUGGGUGAUGCAUUUAUGUUGCGUGAGUUUAUGCAUACAUUCGCUGGUAUCUUGUCAGGAAUUGAGGUAUUCCGUGGUAAUUUGAGUUUCUUUGAAAUGGCUCGUUCGUUCACUAUACGAGAAGUGGCCGGACCACUUUCUGACAUCAUACUCAUUUUAUUGGGCACAGUUAUGGAUCUUCAACGAGAGGAGGAAGAUGAAUGCUUUGUAGAAUAUAAAAGAGGCGAUUCGCACAUACCAUUUUGGUCUCACAAAUAUGUAAAACGUCAUUUUUCAUUCAAAUUAAAUGAACUGCCAUUAGAUGCUCUAACAGUAAGUGAAGUUUUGCGUUUGCAUAUUCUGUCGUCAGGGGCUGUGGUGAGAAAUAAGACGGCUGAAAAAUGGCGUAUUAUGUACAGAAACGGAUAUACUUCAUCCGAAGACCCCGGUAUAGCAUUGAGAACACAAUUUCCUCACAUAGUUCGUGCUUUGAAACUAUAUACUGUCUAUCAAUUGCCAUUCGUCGAUAUAAUGCGCAUUCUAAAGUGUUUAAUGGCUCAGAUGCUGACAUAUUCGGGAACUAUAAAUCUUAUUGAAGAGAGAAUGGAACAAACCAGUAGUGCCAGACAAGAGCUAAAGAAUCUUGUAACGGCGGAAAAUCAAAGAGUUACAAAAGUUCAAACACAAAAACGCGCCCUAACAAUUGAAUUCAAUCAACAGUGUAUGGAGGAAGAUGUUAAAAAGGACACUGAGAAACGUAAAAACUUAGAAGACAAACUAAAUAAAAAGGUUGCAGAGCUUCUAGCGCAAUCAGAGCGCGAACACAAAAAAUUCCAACAACAGGUGUGCAAAUUAAAUGAAACUCUUUUCAAUUUCCUUGUUUAUUUGGGCAUGGAUCGGGCCUAUCGUAAGUAUUACGUAUUGGAGUCAAUGCCUGGUAUUUUUGUGGAACAUUCAUCCGACUGCAUGGAUGUCUGUUUGGAAAAUCCACCUAAGAACAAAUUAAAAAGCGGAAUAACAGCAAACGCUGCGAAUUUACCCAAAAACCGAAAAGAACUCCGUUCGUAUUUGUUGAAAAUGUACACAGAGGAAGAAAAGAAAUCAAGUAUGGCUUCAGCAGCAAACAAGAAAGAAAAGGAAACAGAGGCUGCUCAGGAGGAUAAGGAAAAUCAGAAUCAACAGAACGGAGUCGUCAAUGGGCUAACAAACGGUCAUGUUAAUGGUGAAAAAAUGGAUGUGGAUGAUGAAAAUGCCUCUACGACAUCAUCACCAACACAAUAUGAGCUUUUUAUGUGUACAGGAGAACCACGUAAUUGUAUUGUCCACGACGAAAGAAAUACGGAUCGCAAACAUUGGUCUUAUCUUUAUAAGAAAGAAGAUCUUGAGGCUUUAAUAGAUUCUCUUAAUCCUUUAGGUUUUCGAGAAUCGGAACUACGUGAACAAUUGACCACACUGAAGGAUCUAAUUCAGGAACACAUCAAAAAUUGUCCUGUGGACAUGUUAAGUGUAAACUCAAAGCAAAGUCAAAAAUUUAAAACUCAAAUGAUGAAUGAUACUUAUCGAAAAUAUAACAACUCAAAUUUCGGCUUCCCCAUCGGGACCACCGAUAUAAAUGAAGUGAUGUAUGGAUCUUUGGUCAAACGAAUUUUACAAUUCGAAAGUGAAAUUUACACAGGAGAUCUGGGCCGCCUUAAAGUAAAAGAUAUGGAAAAAUGGAGAAAAGAUUUGCACAAAAGCUGUUACGACCCUCAAGCUAAAUUGCAGUGGGGCCCACCCAAACAAAAUGCAUCCGUGACCGAGGAGGAAAAUAAUGAUGAAGAUGAUGACAAUGAAGGUUCGGACAAUGAAGUCGAUACCAAAGACGGCGAUGAUAGAAAUUAUGCCGGAAAACCCUAUCGUGACCCCGGUGAAACAUUGGGCGAUACAUUAGAAAUAGAUUCCGAAGACAGUGGUGAUGAGGGUAUUUCACUGCACGAUUCUGAUACUUUACGAUCAUACGUUAAGCAAUUAGCUUCGGCCUUGCUUCAAGUUGAACAAGCAGUGGAAAGGCGUUUCCUCAAAGAGCCCUUUGGUGUACAGGUUAUCAAAGACAAAGAUUUAAUGGAACGCAAACAACAACAAGCCAUCGAUCGUUUGCGGCAAUGGGAGGUAUCGUUAAUGGAGAGUACCAGCUACUCACAGGUGUUUUUGCAUUUAAACGUUUUGUAUGAUUGUAUUAUAUGGGCUCGUUCUACGAAUAAAUCCAAUUGUAUGGUCUGUCGACGGGGUAGUGAUCCAGAUAAAAUGUUGCUUUGCGAUGAAUGCAACGGUGGUACUCACAUGUUCUGCAUGAAACCAAAAAUGAAGACUGUACCGGAGGGCAAUUGGUACUGCAAACGAUGUGUGGCUCGGCUGGGUCUGGAAAAUGAGAGUGAUAAGAAAAAUAAGAAGACACAAAGUCGUAAGCGGAAAUUUAUUGUCGACGAAGACAACAGUGAUGCGUCAUCGGUUACAUCUGAGACAAAAGCUUCAAGGGGACGUCCCAGUGGUGGUGGGCGUAGCAAAAAACGCUUACAAUCGCAAGAAAUUGAAGAAGCCUUGGAGGAAGAUGAUGAAGACGAUGUCGAUCAAGACGAAGAGCUGUAUGAUGAUGACGAAGUGGAAGUUGAACACACCUUAAAUGAUACCGACGAAGAAGAUCUGCAGCCCGAAGAAAAUGACGCUGAUGAUGACAAUGAAAAAGAACAAAUAACAGAAUCAAAUAAUCAGUCUGAUGUCGAUGAAGAUGAAAGCGUAUGCAAUGUUUGCUCGUAUGAUGGCAGUGAAUUGUCUUGUACACGUUGUAAAGACUCAUUCCAUUUAGAGUGUAUUAACUUGAAACGUAUGCCACGAUAUAAUUUUGUUUGUACCAAAUGCAAAACUAAAGAUGGCAACAAGAAAAGAAAAAGUCGAGCAAAUGAUUCGGCAUCUGAUAAUGAGAGUGAUGAUGAUAAUGACGACGAACCUCUUGUCAAACGAGGUCGACCUGGCCGUCCUCCAUCUCAGCGGAAUUCUUUGGCCAAUGGCAACGUAUCGUCCACACAAGAAAAUAUUAAAUCCAAUAGUCGGCGAUCAAUACGUCGUACAGCAGAUAAUUUGCCGUUGAAUAGUCCGGCUCUUUAUGAACUUUUAGAGAAAAUUAUGAAAAAUGAACACGCUUGGCCCUUCCUUAGGCCAGUUUCUCAGUCGGAGGUACCCGAUUACUACGAUAUCAUAAAGAAUCCCAUGGAUUUCGCAAAAGUCAAAUCCAAACUUAAUAUGGGCUCAUAUCAGAUUAAUGAGGAAGUUAUGCGUGAUAUCGAACUCGUAUUUAGUAAUUGUGAUGAUUACAACGUUAAGGGCAAUGAGAUUUACCAAGCUGGUUCUGCAUUAGAAAGACAUGUCAUCGACUGGUGCAAGGAACUUAAUUUACCAUUUAAGCCUAGUGACAUGAACACAGAGGAAUAGAUAAUUAAUUUUAUUAUAGAAAAGCAAAUUCUAAGCGAUUGUAUUAUAUUUCAUUAGAUUUUUUUGUCCAUUUUACAAAAAUUAUUACAUUUUCUUUUUAAUCUUAUGAAAUUUUGUCUUCGAUAUUUAUUUUUUAUAUUUAGAAAUAUUUAAAUACUGUGUUUUAUCUCUGUUGCUAAAUUUCUAUAUUUUGAUAAUACACAUACAUACAUGUUUACCUGUUUAUUGAAUCCUUCGUUAUAAUUUAACCGAUUAUCCGUGUUAUAAGCAAAACAAACACACUGAUUCUAUCGUUAUUUAUUUAAAAAUUCCGUUUAGAGAGUUAAAAAAUUUAAAAUAAAAUUAAUUUCAUUUCUAUUUGUAUCUUAAGUAUAAGAGCUUGGAACAACACUUUUGUUUAGAAAUUAAAUUCUAGUUUUAAGACUAAAAACAAACAAUUAAUUAAGAUUCUCACCAAUUAAUUAGAAGCCUAUUAAAUUGCAGAACGAAAACAACACACAACAUUUAUUAAUAAUUUUUGGUUUAAAAUAAUUGAAAUAAAAUUUGCAUUAUUAAAAUAAAAACAAA